AAUUAAUUAGUAAUUUAUAUUAAUCUUUAAUUAUAGGAUUCAUAUUAUAAUAUCUAAUGUUUCCACUAAAAAUAAGGUUAAACAAUGCAGGGCAUUCAAUCUAAUAGAAAAAAAAUAAAAUAAUAAAAAAUAUAUAUUAUUUAAUCCAAGAGUGAACAAGAAAGGAAUGCAAUGGAACAGAGAAUGCAUACGAAGACUAGAAAACAAAUUGUAAGGUUACAGGCUAAAUUCUCAAUUAAAAGACAGACAGUCUUGGUGAAGGAAAUAACUGUGGGAAGGUAUAGUACAAUUCUAAAAGGCAAAAACUGUCUGUGGGGGGACAAUAGCUAUAUGAAGAUAUAUAUAAAUCUAAAGGUGGAAGAAAGUUCACUUUAAUAAAUCUGAAUGUCAUGGGAUGUCUAAGAAAUUUUUUCAGAGAAGGCAAAAAGAUCUUUCAAAGGAAAAGAUGAGGAGAAAUAAGAGAAAGAAAGACAAAUAAGGAGGCUAUAAUUAUGGUUCCUUAAAUACAAUCUAGAUACUAGAGUUGUAUUAGCUAAAGAGCGCUACUGGUUCAUUGCUGCUAGUGUAGAACUACCUUCUUUGCCCACCUCUCCAAUCAAAUAAUAUAGUGUCUCUGCUUAUCUUGGCAUAGUAGACAGGCCAUGCAUCUGAGAGUCCAUCUUACUCUAAGCCCUCCUGUACCUAGUUUGGGGCCACUGGUGGGUACUUUCCCAUCGACAGGCUUGCCAGUGGCUUACGAGAUUGCCUACCUUGAGAGUUCUACCCAGCAGGGCGUCCUAAACUGGAUAGUGAUGCAAUUAAAGUUUUGGGGGCAUUGAAUAUGAGUCAUAGAGAGUCUUCAGAAAGUAGUGUGGUACAGAAAUAGGGAGAUACAUAGAGGAAGUUAGCAGAAGCCAUGAGGAGUAAGGAGAAGGACAGAGGUAGGUUAGGCAAUAAUGACGUAAGAGGAAGAAGCAGUUAGAUACAGAAGGAUAGAUGAGAUUGCUGAAUAAAAAAAAUGUGGCACUCUACUAGAGUUGUGGUAUUUGUUGUUGUCUUUUAAUUUUUUUUUUUAAGUAAGGUGGAUGCCCAACAUAGGACUUGAACUCAUGACCUGGCAGUCAAGAGUCAAUGAGCCAGACAUGUGCUCCUGAUUUUUAGUAUUUUAAUUUGAGUAUAGCUAAUACACAAUAUUACAUUAGUUCAGGUGUCCAACGUACUGAUUGUACAAGUUUAUACAUUUUAUUAUACUCAAGUGUAGCUAACGUCUGUUCCCAUACAAUGCUAUUGCAAUAUCAUUUCUACUACAGUUGUUUUUAAGUCAGUAGUAUAUUCUAAAGAGCAAUGAAUGGUCUUCUAAUUCUCUUUGUGCCCUGCUGGAGUGGUUUUAUUUCCUUUUUUCAGUUUCUGUGUAUACCACUAACAAGCUCAGUCACCUGAAACCCAAAUGUGUUUGAGCUGAAUGAUCCUAACACCCUCGUUUCCAGCAUUAAUUUAACAAGCCAUGUGUGUGGGUUUAAUUCCCUGUGUAGGACAAGUUAGCUUUGCCAAACAGUUCUGUGAUUAUCCUCUCACACGCCCAAAGACUAGGCAACACAUCAAAUGUUAUAAGAAAAAAGAGUUUAGUAGUGUGUAAGGACUAGUGCAAACCUGUCAUCAACAUUGAUAAAACAAAUCAAAGCUGAAGACUACAGAUGGUGGCCCAGUAGUGACUUUUUUACAUGAAAAGCUACCUUUUCUUAUGCUUUUUAAUAUAAAUUACUAGAGAAAAGCAGAUAAUAAAUAAAUAUGUGGUAAAAUCAUAUUGCUUAAUUUAAUUCUUUUAACCAUUUACCAGGUAAAUCUCAUAUAAUUUAUUGUCCUAACGCUACCAGAAUCAUGUGGAGUUGGCAGGGAGAAGGAUGAAAGUUUCCCUAAAGGAUGCCAGUGCUGUUACCAGAAGACAGGGGGACGAUAUGUCAAGAGACAAAGAAAAGCAAAUAACUUUUACAUGAUUAGAUUGAGGACGGCAAGAGAUGCAGAGUUCUCUUCUGUAAAAUUUCAGCCGGCCCAGAAUUGGCAGAGAUCAUGUCAAAGACACAAACUUCAUCCCAGAGUGAUUACAGUAACAGCUUACAAAAAUGGAUGUAGAACGGUCUUUGCCAAAGUUACAGUACCAACCAUCACCUUGUUGCUGGAGGAGUGCACAGAAAAGCUGAAUCUGAACAUGGCCGCACGACGAGUGUUCUUGGCAGACGGCACUGAAGCCCUCAAACCUGAAGAUAUACCCCAUGAAGCCGACGUUUAUGUUUCAACAGGAGAGCCCUUUUUAGAUCCAUUCAAAAAAAUUAAAGACCAUCUGUUGUUAAUGAAGAAAGUAACUUGGACAAUGAAUGGCCUGAUGUUUCCUACUGAUGUCAAAAGACAGAAAACCAAGCCUGUUCUUUCUGUUAGAAUGAAGAAACUCACUGAGAAGACCUCAAUCCGAAUUCUGUUCUUUAAGAAUGGCCUGGGGCAAGAUGGGCAUGAGAUCACAGUGGGAAAGGAAACAGUGAAAAAGGUUUUAGAUACUUGCACAAUGAGAAUGAACCUAAAUUCACCAGCCAGAUAUCUUUAUGAUUUGUGUGGCAGAACAAUUAAAGAUAUUUCAAAAGUACCUCUGCUUGAAAAAUGUCUGCAAAAUUCCAUCACACCUUUGCGGGGACCAGUUUGGGUCUCUAAGGGAGAAGGUUUCAGCCCCUCAGGAGCUAAGAUGUACAUCCAAGGAGUCCUUUUGGCCUUGUACCAACGACUAAAGUCUGCAAAAAAAUAUUAUAAACAGUUGAACCUGGCUAUAGAUGAACAGAAAGAGAAAAUUACCAAAAAAGUAAUUCUUUCAAUAACAGCGAAGGAACACCAUAAGGCACAAGAAGAAGUGAGCAGGCUGAUUGAUGAAUUGCAGACAGCUAUCAAAAGCAACAGAGGUCAUCUCUCAAAACUUGGCCCCCAAUUACAGGCUGAGCAGGAGCAAUUCUCCUCUUAUGUCUACCAACACAUUAAAAGCCUUCCAGCAAACACUCUUAUCCCGGGAGGCCUGCAGCUCAAGAUAUUUGAAAAUGGUAAAGACACUGGAGAGAUCUCUGUUUGUAUCAGCAAAAAAGACCUGGAGUCCAAUAGCCCAACACAAACUGGUGAUAUGAUGGAAAAAUUACUUCUCAAGAUCCAUCAGAGGCUUCAAGGAUCUCCCACCAACCCACUAGGCCUCAAUUUUUCUUCAAUCCGGCUUUUUGAUGAGCAUGGUCAAGAAAUUAAGAAUCCACUUUUGCUGAAGAAUGAACAAAAAAUUUGGGUCUCUUACGGUAAAGCAUACAGAUCUCCACUAAACCCUGUUUUGAGUCUGACCUUUGACCAGGUGACUGCAUUUGACAGAGAUGGCAUUAUAGUUGCAUAUAAAACCUUUUUGGAUCCUAAUGCUGUUCUGCUACCUGGAUGUGACAAUUGGGAAGUUUGUGAAGGAUUCCCAGUUAAUUUCAAUGGUACCAGUCAACAGAUACCUGAUCAAUUUGAAAAGGUGGACUUGGAGAACCAUUUCCUACAGAACAAGGCGGAUCCCAAUAUUGUCCUUCAUGCCUCUGUUUCCAUCAGAAAGCGGAGCUCCUCAAGCAGGGCAGUAAGCAGUGGAAGUCAGAUGGCUCCAUCAACCCUGUGGCCUGCAGCUAGUGUUUGGCUGAUCACGAAGACUGGAAUGAUCCUGAGCCGGGCGAUAACACAGGGCUGCCUGGCUAUUGGUCACCCAAUCAGAGUCAAGCCUGCCGAGGGAACAUCACUAGAAGGGUACAAAUUAAUCCUACAGAAAAGACAUAAAGGAGAUAAUUCUCAGAAGUGGGUGUUUGGAACUGACAGCUGCAUUUAUUCUAAGGCUUAUCCUCAGUUUGUUCUGACCUACCUGGAGGAACUAAAUGCACAAGUGGAUGUGACCCAGACAGAGUAUCACAUUCACCAUGGUGCCCGGACUAAAGCUCAUCAUGGUAGCAGCUUAGCAGAAGAGGUUCUGGAAAAAAGUGCCAGCAUCCCUGGUCUGAAGCAACUGCCAGAGCCUUCAGACACCCAUUUAAUGCCAGAAGGUUCUCUUGGGGAGACAAGGCAGCUGACGGUGGCACUGGUGAGGAAACUGGAAGAGAAACAUCCUAAGGCUUCUGCUCAGAGGUGGGCCAUAAAACACGAAGGGACUAAUAAACCGGGCCAGUGGAAACAUUCCAGAGUUGAAAAUCCUCUCUGGAACAAGCUUACCUACAUGUGGCCAGUUCUUCCCAGUGGCCAACUUAAUAAGGAGUUUGAUUGGCCAAUAGAAGGAUUGCUGAUUCCAAACAGUCCUCCCAUGAAGAAAUCCAUCUGUAAGACCCCAGGGCCACCUGUCCCUGUGAGGCUGAGAGUUUUGCAGAAUGGAGACAAGAAUAAAAACAGAGCCAUUGUUCUAAUCAGUCCAGAUGUCUCACCUGGACGGAAAAUUCUAAAUGUUGACACUGAAAGGAAAAAGAAUGUGAAAAACUACAAUACUAAAUAUCCUGUAACAGAAACAAUCCAGACUGAAUUUCACCAACUUUUGGAGAGGUGCACUGAAAUUUUAAAUUUACCCUCUGCAGCUCGGAGAUUGUUCAAUGAAAAGGGAAAGGAAAUCUUUGCCCUAAAAGACCUCCGAAGGGACGAAUUGGUAUAUGUUUCAUGUGGAGAACGUUGGAUCAAUCCUGAUGUGUCCGUUGCUCAGCAAAAGAAGCAAAUCUUCCUGAGGAACUUAGCAUCAGAUAUUUCUAAAAUUCAAACUUUCUGCGGCAUACAUAAGAUAGAGGCUCUUGUUUUAGAAGUGCAAAGUGACAUUGUGUCUGGAGCCAAGCUUGCUGUGCAUAAACCUGUAGCAAUUUUUGGAGAAGAAAAGCAAAUUAUGGGACCAAAGGAAAAGCAAAUGGAAAAAAAUGCUUUAACAAUGGAAAAUGCUUCCAGUGAAAUUCUAGAUUCACAUGCAAGAGCCCAUCUUCGAAUGAAAGCUUGUCACACACUUCCCAGAUAUGCCUGGCAGGAAACUCCUCAUGACUUUGAUGAGGAUGACAGUCUUACAAAGAAAAUGGAAGAAGCACUCUUUGAAAAUGUGGAACCACAGAAGAAAUACAGCUAUUCUCCAAAGCAGAGUAAAUUGCAGAAGCUUUGCCACCAGCAGUUUGAAUACAGAGAUGAGCAAAUUAUAUGCCAUGCUGCUCCUCAGUUAGUUUUGGGAGUAAGAGGUCCUGAUCUGCAUUCAGACACGGAGGUAGUUUUGGUGGAGAAAAAAGUGGGUGACAGUCAUCAACGAUGGAUGCACAAGGAAGGCAGCAGGACCUUUCACCUGGUGAGUAACCCGGACCUUGUGCUGGCAGUGUCUAUGACCAAAGCAAGAAAUGAAGUCUGUGGCUAUCCAGUUAUUGUUCAGCAAUAUAAACCUUAUAACAAUGGGACUUCCAAUCAAAAGUGGAAUUACAUGGAAAAUAUCAAAGCUUUCAUGGCCUUUCAUAGCACUGCACUUGAUAAGGAAAUCACAGCAGCAAAUUAUGCUGGUAUUUGUACAUCCUCUGUGAUUAAAGAGGAAAACAUUGAUCAACCAGGAUACUAUUAUCUCUCACCCACUGGAAAGAGGAAAAUUGUGCUCUGCUUGGCAUGUGGACGAUCCAUGAGAGCAGAGAAGGGGCUGAAGCAGUCGCUUCCAGGGCUGCCAUUCCUCUGUGCCUCUGGCUCCAAGACCGAGAAGCCCUUCUCACGAGGGCCUUUCAAGGUCAUCAGUGUGGCAAAGGCUGAUUUAUCUUCUUAUGAGGCUGAAAAAACGCUAAGUUAUUAUGAAGAACGUCUAUUAUCUUUACGGAUGAAGACCUGCACACAAGUUGUAUCUCAUGGUGGUCUAGCAGCUAUGCACCAGAAGGCAGUGAAAAUAAUUGCAUACAAAAAUGGAGAUGGAUAUCGAAAUGGAAAGUUAAUUGUGGCUGAAACAUUCCCCACACUUCUUACAGAAUGUACGGAGCAACUUGGUCUUGCCAGAGCAGCAUCCAAAGUUUAUACCAAAGAUGGAACCACAGUCCUUUCCUUACGUGACUUGGUUUUAUGGGCUCUGGAUGAAUCUUUCAUCCAGAGAAACGCUGAGGAACCAAAGAAAGAGGCAGCCUCUGUUGGGACAAAAGAAGCAACUAUUAAAAGUAUGAAAGAAAACCCAAGAACAAAACAGAAAACCACAUUAUUUCCAAAGUCUGUGACAUCUGAUAGUUUGGAUGGUGUAGAUAAGUCUUUGCUCACCCUCAUCCUCAGAAAUCCCAUUGCCAUCUGGGUAUCUUGUGGUGAACCAUUUCUAUCUCCAAAUGCUUUGCAGAAAGUAGAAAAAUUAGAAAAACAGAACUGGCUAAGAAAGGACAAAAUUUUGGCUGAUCUAGACACCAUGAAACACAAAAUGAGACAGUUAAAAGGGCGGCGAGUAGCAGCAUGUCAGCCAGCCGCCAUGGUUCCCAACAAAAACCCUGUGCAGCCGGUGGUGAUGGAAGGAGGAUGGACCGAGAAGACUCAAGAGGAAAUUAAACUCAUGGAGCUCAUAAGACAUACAGAGGAGCACCUUUCUGCAGUUCAAGAACUGCAAUCCAAAAGAAAUUCUACAGCUGAAACUAAACGUAUAGCACUCAUUCGGAGCAGGCUGUACAAGCCGCCCAAUGCAAAACGAGUCUGGAUUUAUCCAAAUGGAGGCAGACCUGAAGAUGGUACUUAUGCCUGGGGCAAAACUAUUUCAGAGCUGCUGGAUGACUGUUCCUCUCGUCUCAAAAUGGUCCACCCAGCCAGAACACUGCACACCCCGGAUGGAGAACCAAUUUACUCGUGGGAUGACAUAGAGAGAGACAUGGUCAUCUGUGUAUCCACAGGACGUGGCUUUAUAACCCAAAAGAAAUUCAAGCAACUGAUGGAGAUCAGAGCAAAUUAUGCCAGAAUCCGAAGGCAGCAGGGCCCUCAAGCCACAAACAUUGUGGUGUCACGAUCUGAAAAGCUGCAAUUUCCGGAAAGAAAACUUCCUUCACCUACUUGUAAUCAGAAGACUGACAGAAAGACCAAUUAUUCAGAUUGCUGAAGACUCAAAUUUAGGAAAACCCCUUUUACAAAAGAAAUCUGUGUGGUUCAUUUAAAAAUUUAGUCCUAAAAUUUAUCUUUUAAAAUAACUUGAUUUCUCAUAGACUGACUUUGAAAAAUUACCAACACUGAUAAAUCAGCUACAAGCUAUCUAUAAAUUAAUAAGAAGACAUAUAAUCAAAGGCAGCAUUAGCCACAGAGACUUCAUAUUCCAGUGAAAUCUUGCAUAUAUUGUCUAAUUUUUCCAGUCUGUAGAGUGGCCUGGUGGAAAAAGUUGCAUAUAUAUUGAACACAUAUUUUGUCUCUCCAACUGGACGGCAAGUGCCUGGAGGGCAGGGACCCUUGUUUUUAUUGACUUGGGACAGGGCUGUACCCAUAAGGGCUCAGUGAUAAUGCCCAGCAGUCCCACUGCCAGAGCAACAUAAUGGGCAGUUGAGAUUCAGCUCUCUUCCACUCUUGUGCUAGACCACAAACUGAAAUUACAACAGGACAGUGGGAACAGAGGAUCUGCUUUAUAGAUUUUCAUUUCAGUCAGCUGUUCAGGAGCUACAUGCUCAGAGUCAAAUUAAAUCGAGUUAUAGUUGAAUAGUCCUUUUUGCUCUUCAGAGACAAGAAACGCUUCUCAAAAUUGUGCAAAUGAAAUAAAUGUGAUUGUGUAAACUAGGCAUCUUAUAUUCUUAAAAAAUUAUCUUUAAUGAUUAUACAUUUUGGUUUAAGAUGCCAAGUUUAAAAAAAAUCUAAAAAUGAAGUGAAAUUACUUCUAUAUGAAUUGACAACAUUUAAAACCUCAACAGACUUUGUAAAGGAAUUCUCAAACUGUUUUAGUUCAUAUGCUACCUUAGAGAAUCUUGAAAAACCAUAAACUUACAAAGUGCACAUACAAAAAAAUAAGAUUUUUUUUUUCAUAUCAUUUCACAGAGUUCACAGACCAACCUGAAGAACAUCUGUAAAGAACUUCUGAUAUAAGGGAAGAUGUUUCUUUUAAAAAAAUUUUUUUAAUGUUUAUUUUUGAGAGAGAGAGAGAGCGUGAGUGGGGAGGGACAGGGAGAGGGAGACAGAAUCCAAAGCAAGGAGGUGUCAGCAUAGAGCGGGAUGCAGGGCUUGAACUCACAAACCACGAGACCAUGACCUGAGCCGAAGUCGGACGCUUAACUGACUGAGCCACCCAGGUACCCCAGGGAAGAUAUUUCUGAUUUCCAUAAUUUAUAAUGUUUAGGGGACCUAGGAUCUAUACCUCUCAACGGAAGAUUUCAAAACAUAUGUCAGAUGAAACAGAUUCUAAGCUUCACUGUGGAAAUGUUCUCUUGUUAUAUUCAAAAACAAUAAACCACGAAGAUUUUUUUAUCAUC